AUGAGUAGUCGCGGCGGUAAACUAGCCCCAGAAGUCAAUCGAGCUCUGUUCGUAAAGAACUUGAGUUACAACGUUACUCCAGAAGAGUUAUUCGACCUCUUCGGAAAAUUUGGCCCAAUUCGCCAAGUUCGACAGGGUAUCGCCAACAACACCAAGGGCACCGCCUUCGUUGUCUAUGAAGACGUAACCGACGCGAAGCAGGCUUGCGACAAGCUGAACGGCUUCAACUUCCAAAACCGAUACCUCGUUGUUCUAUACCACCAGCCCGACAAGAUGGCCAAGUCAAAAGAGGACCUCGAAGCCCGCCGGGAAUCUUUAGCUCAGCUCAAGAAACAGCACGGCAUCGAUUGA